UCUCGACCACGGGACGCGAUGGACCGCCUGCUGACCGCCGUCGCCGUGGCCCUGCUGCUGCUGUGCCUGGGAGCCGCAGGGGAGGAGGACAAGUACACCACGCGCUACGACAGCAUCGACAUCGAGGCGAUCCUGAGGAGCGACCGGCUGCUCAACAGCUACGUGACCUGCGUGCUGACGGGCCGCGCCUGCUCGCCGGAGGGCAAGCUGCUCAGGGAGCUGCUGCCGGACGCGCUGCAGACGGACUGCGCCAAGUGCUCGGACGUGCAGAAGAAGCAGGCGGGCAAGGUCCUCGCGCACCUGCUGCAGUUCAAGCGGCCCGUCUUCGACAAGCUCAUGGCGCAGUUCGACCCCGACGGCUCCUUCCGCAAGCGCUACGGUUUCCUCGAGGAUGACGACGACUACGUGGAGGAGGAGGAGGCCCAGGCCGCCACGUGCGCGGCAGUGUGUGGUAGCGCCGCGCCAGCCAUGGAGACGACGUGGCGGCCGCUGCUGCUGCUGCUGCUGGCGGUGGUUGCCGGAAGGUCGCUGGCCGGCGGGCAGGAGGGCAGCUACCCGGAGGUACCGGACAACCUCAACCUGCCGGCCCUCGUGCGGAACGAGCGCAUGGUCGCCAUGUACGAGAAGUGCCUCAUGGGCGAGGGCCGCUGCACGCACCACGGCGAGAUGCUCAAGGAGCACCUGGUGGACGCGCUGCAGAACGGCUGCGCCAAGUGCACCCCGAAGCAGAAGGCCUCGGCCGAGGAGGUGAUCCGCAUCCUGGCGACGGAGCGCAAGCAGGUGUGGCAGCGCCUCUGCUCCAAGUACGACCCCGACGGCGACUACAUGAGGAAGUACGCCCGCGAGAUGGCGGCCGUCACCGAGGGGGCGGGUCCGGGGAGCGGGGCGGAGGGGCAGGCCGACGUAAUGUCGCAGCAUUCAUAGAGACCUAUAAAAUUCGCGAUUUCAAAUCCCUAAAGGAUAGACUCCAUGAUCCUCUAUUCACUCGUGUGCAAAUUACAUCUGCUGAUCGGUUACCGACUCGUAUAACACCUGUUGUUGACUGGAAUGAUCGUGAUUCGCUAUAUUCUUCUGUUAAAGAUUUUUCCAUUGGCCCAGAGUCCUUCCGAUAAACUGUGGCCCAAUCACUGAAGCAAAAUAAUGUCAAAAGUAUUUGGACUCUAUCCUAUCGCGAAAUGAAUCCGCGAAUUUUACAGGUCUCUAAGCAUUGAUAAAGGGACAAAAAAAAUUCGCGUAUUCCAACGACCUCUAGGAUAGACCCCGUGAUGCCAGUGGCGUAGCCAGGAUUUGUGUAUGGGGGGAGUAUUAAGAAGCAUGGUCCUCACCCCCCCCCCCUGGCCCAUAUUAAAGCGGAGGUGGUCUGGGGGUCCUCCCCCGGGAAAAAUUUGGAUUUUAAGGUGUAAAAUAGUGCUAUUUUAGCAGUUUUCGGUUCUUAAAUUUAAAUAUUGUAAUGGUAAAAUUUUUAUUAAUUUUAAUAUGAAAUUUGUUUGAGUGAUGAAUAAGAAAUUAAUUAAAGAUUUUGCGCUUAGGGGGGGGGGGGAUUUUGAACCCCUAAAACCCCCCCUGGCUACGCCCCUGCCAUGAUCCUCUAUGUACUUGUGCUGUUUACACCUGCUGAUUGGCCACUAACUCGUGACGCGUGUAAAACCGGGAAGCUUGUGAUUCGAUACUUCUUCUGUCGAACGUUUUUUCAUUUGGUCCAGAGUCCUUCAGAUAAACUGUGUGGCCCGAUCACUGAAGCGGCAAGAAAGGCAAAUGUAUUUGGAUUCUAGGCUAUCGCGAAAUGAACCCCGCGAAUUUUUUCAGGUCUCUAAUGUAUUGAUCAGGGAACUGAAAAAUUUCGCGGGUUUCGAUGACCUCCACGAUAGUCUACACAGUCCUCUGUACACUCGGGCAAAUAACGGCCAGUUCGUUUUGGCUGCUGACUUGUGAGUCGUCUCAACUGGUUUUGCCCCGAGAUUCGUCACUUCUUUUGGUUAGAGGGUUUUCUCAUUGGCCCAGAGUCGCCCAGACGAACAGUGGAGCCAAUAGCAAGAGCAGUGUAUGAAUUUCAGACUAUCGCGAGAUGAAUCUGCGAAUUUUUCAGGUCUCUAAGUAUUAAUAAUGUUCGCAGGCUUUCACGGCCAUUGUCUGAAGUAGCUUGGCUUCUGGGUUGUAGCCACGACCAUUGGCGAAUGAUUCACCGAUGUUUCGGUAGACAUUGCAGUCGCCAUCAGCAGUAUAUAAAUGCUCCCUGAUGAUGGCGGCUGCAAUGUCAACCGAAACGUCGGUGAAUUAUUUGCCAAGGACACGGCUACAACCCAGAAGGCAAGCAACUUAUUUACACAAUAUUAGUUGGACGCUACAACAGUUAGCUAUUUGAAAAAGCUGAACCCUCUAACAGUUCGGCAACCCAACAAGCGUAUGCUUGAACAGUUUGACUUUCCAAUAGUUAGAUAUUCUAAUGGGUGGACACUCGAACAGUUAUAUAUUUGAAAUUUUUGAACUCUCGAACAGUUUUUUGGCAUUUAAACAAUUGGGUAUUCAAACACUUGGAGCUUUCUAACCGUAAAAAAUCUCAACAUUUCAACAUGUUAACCGUUGGAAAUUUCAACUGUCGUACAUUCUGACAGCUGAACAUUCCAAAAGUUGAACAUUUGAACAGUUUGGAAUCCAACAACAAUAUUUGGAAAUCAACAGUUGGGCAUUCCAACCGUUCAUAAAUAUAAUAGUUCUACAUAUAAAAACUUUGAACAUUCUGAUAGGUAGACCCACAAAAAAACUAUUGGGCAUUCCCACAGUUGGAAAUUCAACCAGAUUGAUAUUCCCACAGUUUAAAAUGCCAUAUUUGACCAGUCCCAACAUUGGAACAUUUCAGUAGUUGGACAUUCUGGAACAGUAGUGCAUUACAACAGCUGAACAUUCUAAGAGCUGGGUGCCCGAACGUCAGACUUUCCAACUGUUAUACAUUCCAUCAAUUGGACACUCGAAAUCGGCAAUCGAAUUCUCGUUAGUAACAUUCAACGUCAGGUGGCAUAACAAUUCACCCAAUAUGCGCGAGUUUUCCAUUUAGUAUUCCUGUACACACGUACUUUUGUUAAAAUACAAUUUUACAGACAUUAUAUAUUUUUUUUGUUUUUAUUGAGAUUAAUGGACGCAGUUAUGUAGUGAAGAAUAAAACACAACCCACCCCCCCCCCCCUUGAUUCCGGUUCUUCCGGCUUUUCACAAAGCCUUGUAAAUAAAAUGUUAACUUACAUCAUAGCCGCAUAGUUUGGGGUCAUUAUUUUCCACAGUGAUUCUUUUUUCCAAGUAAUUGACGAGUAUUAAAUUUAAUUUUGGCCAAAAACCCAAGUUUAAGAAAUUGCAGUUAGUUUCUCAUUGCAUAACUGCGUCUAAUUAACGUUCGAUUUUAUGCUAAACACCUCACACACCCAGAGAGUCGAAUCCAGUACUCCAGUACUCCUCGCGCCAAAAUCGAAACUCCAACUCCGCUACCAAAGUUGAAUCUCGAAGCUCAAAUAAUGUCUCUCUUUUAUAUAUCGUCAAAUAUAAUACGUUUAGUAUUUAUCACUGUUUUAUGCAAUAGCGUUUCGUUAAUGUCUUAAAGUUUUAAAUUUAUAUUAAAAAUUAGACUCAGAGGACAGGUUUUGGACUAUUCAUGUACCAUCCUAAAUUUAAUAGAUUUAAGCAUUCACAGAAGUGAUAUAUUUCACAAUAGAGGUAGUAAAUUACAUAUUAAAAAUAUAUUAUAUACCUUGUUAUGAUGUAUGUAUUUAUGUAAUAAAUUAUUAAUUUGUUGUA